AGCGCCUGUCUGCCGUGCGGACACUCUCAGCCAACGAUACGCGUUGCGCCGCCUUUCCCUCAUCGCUGGGAGGCCCGCUCAUUUCCUCUUCUUCUGUUUUUGUUGUUGGCUUUCCGAUUGCUUUCUUACUUUCUGUCUCGCUCUGUGCCUGUUGAUACACACAAACAUAUAUAUAUAUAUAUAUAUAUAUAUAUAUAAUAUUUAGGGGUGUUGCAGCCGUGUCAUGCAGACGUUCUUCACUCAUUCUGCCGUAAUGAAACUGCCCAUAACGUGAAUUUUCGCCGUACAGCCUCAGCGUCGUGGAGUCUUCUUUGUUGUUUUUCUCUCUAAGUCUUCCGUUCUCAUUUUGUGCGGCAGCACCGGUUCACCUCCCCUUUUCCAUCGUCUCUGUUGCCCCCAGCUAUUCGCCUACUGCUUGUUUCAGUGUACACGCAGCACACAUAGCAGCACGAAGGCGCCACGACGUUUCAUGGCUGUAGCGGACGCUGUAGCUUGCCUUGGAAGCUUUUCUUUUCUUUCUCUUCUUCUGCUAACAAGCUCAUAGGUAUACAAAAAUAGAGGAGCAAAUACAGAAGGAAGCGCACACACCUCGAAAUGAACUUUACCGCCGUCGCCCCUCCGCUCUCACCAAAGGUCAUCCCGGGGUGCGGCAACACGCACAGCAGCAGCGGAUUCCCCACCAUCCUUUCUGAUGGCGGCAACUUCCCUUUUCAGUCGGCCGCCUAUGGGCAACAACAGCUGCUGGCCUGCAGCUCCGCGGUGAGCCACGGCGGCGAAGUCAUCUUUAUCUAUGACGUGAACAGUAUGCAGCUGACGCAGUCGCUGAGUGGGCACAAGGCUGCGGUGCGGGCGCUGCUGUGGCGCCGCCCACCGGCCUCGUAUCUGCAGACGGGUUUGUUUCUCUGGAGCGGCGAUGCACACGGCGUCCUCAUGUACUGGGAUGUGGUGGAGGGCGUCGCUCUCACCAGCAUCCAGACCCCGUGUCAAGGCCCGGUGCAAUGCUUAGCGCUUCUCACCGAGGAGCACCUGCUCGUCGUCACGUCCGAGCGCAACAGCUACAUUUUUAAUUCCCACCUCGUCGACAACACGCCGCUCCCACCGGGUGGCCUGCCUCUCGAGGUACCGCAUAGCUCGCUGCUUGAGAAUCGGUGUCAGCCCACGCUUGUGACGCUGUCCCGGCUGAGCGACCGUCACUGCUGUGCGGUUGUCCUGGGCGAUCGCCUGCGCGUUAUUCGCUCCCUUCAGCUGGAAGGCGGUAAGGAAGCCCCUGUGGCGAAGGACCUCAUCUACGACAGCGGCGACGGGUCUGCCACCGUGUUGGAUGCCUUCUUCAGCGACGCGCAGGAGGAAGUGCUGUACUUUGCGACGCGCAGCGCCGUGGGCUGCUAUGACUGGAAGUUGGGGCUGAUGCUGAACGAGUCGUUUCUGUGGAUGCCGGACGAGGUGGAGUUCCGUCGCAUCUUUCGCUCCUCUGCCACCUACACCACCGCCCUCACCUCGCCAUCCCCACUCGCAGCGGAGAGCACGAAGGCGCUUCCCGUGUUGUACUCCUUCGGCUCCGAUCAGCGCCUGGUGGCGUGGCACGUCACCCGCCACGACCGCUUCACCACCGUCGCGACGGACGUACGAGGGGUGCGCAUCAACGCGAAACUGACCGCCAAUGUGGUGCAGUCCGAACUCGAUCCCGCGCGCUUCGCGGUGCUCUUCGAGGAUGGCACCAUUGCCCACUGGCAGUACACGGCGGUGUCACGGCGGUGGAAGCUGUUGGGUUGCUGGCUGGCACCGGUGUUGCGGCCGGUGACGUGUUGCCCCGUCGGUGCGCAUCACUGCUGCGUGGCGCUGGAGAGCGGCCACCUCGCUCUCAUGGACGUCACCCACGCCAUCGCUGUUCGGCGCUUCAACUUGGUCUACUCGGGCGGCACGCAGAUUGUGCUGCUGUGUGGCCACAAGUGGAGCGACCUCGUGUGGGUCGUGUCGGACCGCGUGCAGCAGUACCGGCACCACCACCAAGUCUCCCUGAUCGACACGCGCACCGGUGAGGUGGUCCGAAUCCUGCGCAGGCCGUCUUCGGUGCCUGAGCAGACGCGCAUGAAGGAGAUUACAACGGACCCGUCCACGACGUACAUCCUACUCACCUACUGGAACGGCACCUUUGAGGUGUGGACGGCGGAGGACAGCCGCCUCGUGCACAUCCACUCCGGCCUGGGCGUGGCGAACGUCUCGUGGGCCCCGCCGUCGAUGCGGCGCUGCCUGAGUGGCGUGCAGGGCACCCCGCAGCUGCUGGCCGUUCUCUUUUCCGAGGGCACGCUCUCGCUGUGGUCCGUGUACAAGGAUCGCGUCGUGGUGAGCCGUGAUGCGAUACCGCUCUUCAACCCCGCCGUGGCCGAAGGCGCCGUGCGGUUUGCCGUAGUGGGCGACGGUCUCGUGACGUGGGACGGCCACGGCAACGGCGUGGUGCUGCACGCGCAGGGCACUCGACUCUCCGUACGACGACUGCGCGAUGCCCCGCCGAACUGCGGCGCCGUGGUUUGCUUAGCCGGCCCCCUCCCGCCCUCCUGUACACCGGCGGCCAACGAGCUCAUGAGCUUUUCCUCGCCGUUAAUGUGGGUCGCCACGGACUCUUUUGGCCGCAGCGACGUCCUUGCGGCGUCGACGGCGACAGCGUCGGAGAAUGCGAAUGGGACGAGCACCGCGGCCGCCGCAUCUCCCACCGGCGCCGGCAACGAGGGAGUCGCCUCCACUAAAGUGGUCGCGGUGCUCUUUGAGACGGGCGUGUUCGCCGUGUGGGACAUCACCACCGGCGAGCUGCGCGCCCUCUCCUCCAGCGGCAUGCCAGCCGACGUGCGGGCUCUCUCGCUGUACUGGGUCGGCGAGUCGCUCUGUGUGCUCGGCGCGGACGGCUGCCUGUACGUGUUCGAUGCGAAUUUGGCGGAGAUGAACAGCAGCGUCCGCUACCGGGCCCUGCGCCGGCCCAUGAAGAAUUUGUCCUUCCUGCUGCCUGCCCACCGCACUUACGUGCAAGUGUCGCUGGAGCUGAACAGCCACGGCGGGGUGCAGAGUUCCACAGGGGCGGGGGGUGACAUCACCGCUGCUUCGCCUUCGCCGGCCUCCUUCGCACAGAUGCCGAGUGCCGUGAUGGAGGCGAUUCCCGCGAACGCGCGUCCGUGCCGCGGCCCUUUUGGCCAGUUGUUGACGGAGGAUAUGACAAUCCUCUAUGACGAGCUGGAGCUCUAUCGUACUACCAUGGUCGCACACGAUGUGUUAAAGCAACUGGCCAGGUGCACCGAACGGGCAGCAGCGACGACGCCUACCUCUCCGCUGCUGUGGCUAGAGCGGUCCAUCAUUGUGACGGGAUUCUUGGGCCAGGUGUCGAAGCAGCGUUUUAUGCGUCUUGUACUGGUGGCCCUGCAGAGUUGGACGCCGUCGAUGCGUGGCGCUUCUGCUUCGCAGAGUUCCUCGCUGUUGACGUCUCCCGCUGGCACCGCGCUGACCAGCGAGGCAGACAGGUGCUCCGCUUUCCUCAAAAGCGGCAUCACCGCCAACAAUAGCGCCAGCGCCGUUAGCACGAAUCCCAACUCUGCGGGAGAGACUGUGACGACGGUGCCGGAGAUGUACCCCAAUGCGGACCCCUACGCCGAGGCCCUCGCCCCCGCAUCCACCGUGCGGCGCAAUCGCGUGUUGCUAAACGAGCAGCGCACCGCCGCCCUUCUCAUCAACGCGGGCAACUUCCGAAACGGCAACAACGACGACUGCGCGACUCGCCUGUCGCUUGCGCGGGACUGGCUGCAGCUGCAGAACCCCCAGCAGGCCAUCGAGGUGCUGCUGGACACUUCUUCCCAGUCAGAAAAGUACAACGAAAUGGCCACGCUCAGCAUGGCAGUCGCCGCCUCGAGCGGCGCGAAGUCCGCGUCAUCGGUCGACACGGCUCUUUCUACGUUGUUCACCGCUUCUGCAAAGCGUGCGGCGGCGAUGCUGCUGGCGCAGGACGACGUCGCGGCCGCCGUGGAGAAGCUUGUGCUGGCUGGCGAGUACCGCGGUGCCUGUCUGACGCUGCAGUCGAAAGGCCUCUGGCGCGAGGCAGUGGUGCUAGUGAAAGCGAUGCCUCAUUUGCAGCGUCCCUUGGUAUCGGAUCUGCUCCAGCGCUGGUCAGCACUCUCGGUGCAGCUUGGCUAUCGACUGCUCGGGGCCGCGUUGUUGCUCGCUGGUGGGGGCGGUGCAGAGGGGUUGACGCAGCCGGCCCCGCUCGCGGCGCUGUCGCUGUUGAAGGAGUCGGCGCACUACACAGACGUCGCUGGUGUGGUGGCGCUGGUGCUGGCGCAGUACCACGACGUCCUUAUCUGCUUCGGCGAGGAGGGUGCUGUUCACGCCGCAGAGGGAACGCCACCUUGUCGCCCCUCUGACGGGCUAACCACCGGUGGUGCCACUGCGGCGGCGGCGGCGGCGGCGGACGCGAGAGGUGCGAGUGCGACGACGGAGGUCAUUUUACAUGCGUUGGGCGACUACAGCAGUUUGCUGCAUACGGUGGGCAACAUGGACGCGGAGGCACUCGUGUUACAGCAGGCAGCGCACCUCAAAUCUGUCCUUCGGCGCAGUUGA